AUGAGUAAAAAUCCUCGUGUUCAAGCAAAGAUUAAAACCGAACUAGGUGACAACAAACAUCAACGUCUGUCUAUUGAACAGCUCGACUCUCUUGACUAUUUAAAUUGUGUUCUUGAAGAAGUAUUGCGUUUUGCUCCACCUGCCAGUUUCGCAGUUCGCAAUGUAAUUACUAAUGAUCGACUACCAGCAAGUGGAGCUCAAUUGUAUAAAGGUGAUGAACUAAUGGUUAAUAUUUAUAAUUUAACUCGAGACAAACGUUAUUGGAAGAUCGAUCCAGAUUUAUUCUAUCCAGAACGAUUUCAAGGUGAAGACAAAGAUCAUCAUCCGUAUGCAUUGAUUCCAUUCGGUGGUGGUCAUCGACAAUGUAUUGGGCAAGAUUUAGCUCGAUUUGAAUUGAAAGCAAUCGCAGCUGGACUUAUGCAACAUGUAACUUUCGGUGAUGGUGGUCCGGAAGUCAAUGCAGGUGGACACAGCCAGAAAUUUACGAUCUGUCCAAAUAAUGUUGGUGUCACUAUUACAUUCGACUAA